AUGUCCUGGAAUUUCAAGCAUCUUCUGGAGAAUGUCCUACAGGUUUACACUGACGCUUCAAGGGACAGAAUCACGUUUUGGUUCCCAUCCUUGAAUAUUGGCUUUCAAGCAGAACUUCCUGGGUCUGCGCCGGUGGGAGUGAUUUUUUAUUUCAAGGCUCUGGCAGUCACUUCAGCUCUUCUUGAUGCCAUCAAGCAUGUUCAGCUGGAGGGGCACAUUGCUAUUUUUUGCGACAAUCUCAAUACAGUCAGCAUGUUCAACUCUCUGGCAGCUCUGCCUCCUUAUAAUGGGCUGUUAAUGGUGUCAGUUGAUGCUAUCAUAGAGUCUCACAUUGACUUCAGAGUGUUUUUUGUUCCCAGAGUUGACAAUGUUGUAGCUGAUCAUUUAUCUCGCUGGCGAAAUCUCGAGGUCAUUCAAGCUUCUCCUGGGCUUUUGAUCUUUCCUUUUGAACCCCCUCAGAAUAUGCUGGGGGCAGUCAAAAAAUGA